AUGGAGACCACUCGCCGACCACGCAUCCACUCCCUCGCUCACCGCGGCGUCAUCCAAGGCGUCACCGUUGCCUCAGGAACCGCAACCAGCCCCGGCCCGGACUUGUGCCACUACUUCGGCGGCGUGCGCUACGCCCUCGCACCGCUGCAGCGCUGGCGGCGCUCCCGCCCUCUCCCACCAACAUUUUCUUACGGCACUAAGGAUGCCCCCGGGCGAUGCGACGGCGGUGCGGCGCUGUGCCCCCAGCCUGCUUUCUUGGAUCUCUCGCCAUGGAGCCCGGACGCGUGGAGUGAAGAUUGCUUUCAGUGUAAUAUAUACGUGCCUACCGGCCCGGUGCCGGAGGGUGGAUGGCCUGUUUACUUUUAUAUCCAUGGCGGAUGGCUUCAGUUCGGCACACCGAAUAGUUUCCAUGCAGAGGCGUUGCUGGGGGAGACGGAUUUCAACUGUGUGAUUGUCAUGCCUGCGUACCGUGUGAACCUGUUUGGAUUCCUGUACUCGUCUGAACUGGCGAAGGAUGCUGCCUCUGUUGGGGAGACGGUAGGGAAUCAUGGGUUCUGGGACCAGCGAUUGGCGCUGGAGUGGACGAAGGAGAAUAUUCACCUGUUUGGAGGGGAUCCGGAGAAUAUCACUAUCUCGGGUUAUUCGGCAGGUGCAAACUCCGCCUUCCAUCAGCUGGCUUUUGAUCUUCGUCAAGCCGACGACAAGGCCAUUAUUCGUCAGGCAUGCAUCUUGUCCAAUGGACCGGCCGUGCAGCCCAAGAGCCCUGCCGAGUCGCAAACCCAAUUCAACCAGCUAGUCCUAGCACUGGAGAUCCCACUGUCACUCUCGGCGGGGGAAAAGAUAGCUCGUCUGCGGUCCAUUCCUCCCGCACGACUUCUAAGUGUAGCCAAGGGAAUCGAAGUACACCAAUUCCGUCCAGCAACAGACACCGACUUUAUAGUACCCAGCCUCUUCGAGUCCCUCGAUAACGGCGAUUUCGCACGCAAAAUGCUCUCCCGCAACCUCCGCUUGAUCCUAGGAGAAUGCCGCGACGAGCGCCAUCUCUACGCCACAUGGUUCCCACCAAAGACAAACACCCUUUCUGGGGUGCACACUCGUCUGAUAGCCGACUACCCGGAACAAAUCGUCGAUGCCCUCAUUCCGCUUCACUACCCAGGCGGCCGUCUCCCGCCAGACUGCGCCAACUGGACCGUCGAUGCCUGGGGCAAGAUCUACGCGGACAUGCAGGUCUACCAGAUGCAGCGCGGGCUCAUCCACGCCCUCACAUCCAACAGCGCGGGCAUUGACGCUUCGCGUUUGAUUCACCGAUAUCGAAUCGAGUUCCGGGCCAAGUGCGUCGAUGGCAGCUUGCCACCUGAGUGGGGAGUUACGCACUCGUCUGACUACCCGAUCUGGUUCUGGGGGAAUGGUGAUGUGCUCACAGACCAGGAGAAGAAGAUCGCGCGCGAGGCGUUUAUUGCGCCGCUGAGCCGGUUUGUUAAAGGUGCGCAGGCGGCGACCGGGCCCGAUGGCUUUGGUUGGGGUGCGAGUGGGAAGAAGGUGCGCGCGUUGACCGCCGAUGGGAGGGUGGAGAUUCGUGAGCAUGAUCCCUUGUGGGAUGAGGCUAUUCGGGUAUGGAAGCGUUUGAGGGAGGUGCGUGUUGAUGCGGAGCGGUCGAAGCUGUGA